AUCUUCGUCCCAUCAAUUUCCUAAUCGCCGUCGCAGGUGUUCGGUGUCGCGAUAAUAAAACUAAUGAAUAAAUUGUUAUUUUUCCGUUUUUAGAAUCAUGUGAGUAACACCGUUAUCUAAACAAUAUUUUCGAUACUAUAAAUUAUUCGUGCAGUGACAGUUACCCUUCCCAUUCUCAGUCAGUAGAAGUGUAAAUAAAUAAUCGAACUGCGAGUGAAUUUAUUUCGUAAAAAAUCAAUAUUUUUCCGCUACAUCCUUUGCGAAAUAGAAUUACGAUUGGUCGCCAAACGAUAAAUUAGUAAGUGGUCCUCAAAUUCUUCGGUGUUAUUAAAAACAAGUGUUUUGGUGCAGUGAAUCUUAACUAUUUUUACGUAACCCAGGAACCUGUAUUUUUAAGCCGUAUUAUUCAUAUUUGGAAGAGAAGAGAAGGGGGUCGAGCUUAUUUUUCCGAUAUGCACACAUCACGAAAAAUCACUACACUCACACGUUAAAAAAACAAUGACCUGAGUGCCAGAAACAACAACAAAAAAUGCAAAAAGUGCCAUAACGCUACCUGAAAAUCGAAUUGGUGCCAUCUAGCGGCCGAGUGCGGCAGUAACUAAAGAUGCUUUUAGCGCCAUCUGUCGUCGAGUGAUGCGAGAUGCCACGGCUGAAGUAUGCGUCUAUACUGCGGGUGCUGGUUUUGGUUGGCUUGCUCUGCAUCUGGAUACAGAUCAUGCUAGCCGCCAGUAGCUCGGGCCUGGAUCGGGAUGGAGAUACCACCUACUCGUAUACUAACGACGUAACAGAGACAGAUGUCUACACCCUGAUUACUAACGAUGAAAUUAUUUCUAGAGAAGACAUGAUGAAUAUAAACGAAACAUCAGAGCAAGUGCUAGCUCUGGUGCCGCAAGAGUUGCACAAAUAUCUUCUCGUCCAUCCUAAAAAUGUUACUGGCAAUUCAACUGAACGUGCGGGCCCCAAGAACAUAACAAGCAUUCGAAGAGCCAUAGAGAGAAGCAACGACGCACAAACCAUCUACAACGAAGACAUCUUUGGGCCGGUCCAGAAUGAUACAGUCAUUAUUGCCAUACAGGUGCACACACGCAUCACCUAUCUCCGUCACCUGAUAGUGUCUCUGGCUCAGGCGAAGGACAUUGAGAGGACAUUACUGAUCUUCUCUCACGACUACUACGAUGAGGAGGUCAACGACCUGGUCAGGAGCAUCGACUUUACUAAGGUUAUGCAGAUAUUCUACCCGUACUCCAUACAAACACAUCCAAACGAGUUCCCAGGAGUGGACCCCAACGACUGCCCUCGAAACUUCAAGUAUAACAAGGCUUUAAAGCAGAAGUGCAACAACGCUCUCCACCCAGACGUCCACGGUCACUACAGAGAAGCGAAGUACACACAGACCAAGCACCACUGGUGGUGGAAGGCGAAUAGGAUCUUCAACCAGCUCCAAUGUACUACUACGCAUACUGGUCCAGUCCUAUUCCUCGAAGAAGACCACUACGUGGCUGAAGACUUCCUCCACAUGCUGGCCCUCCUACGCAACACGGCCGACAAGACCUGCCCCCAGUGCGAGAUCCUCUGUCUCGGGACCUAUCUGAAGACUUACCAGUACCAUCUGAAUUCGGACAAGAGAAGAAAGCAGUUAACCCUGACGUACCUGCAACAACUUCGGGUGGCCAACGAGGAGCGGCGGCGGCGGCAGGACACCCAGGCCUGGAACUUCCAAGUGUACCCCAACCUGUAUGGGAGCACGCAAAAGGUGGAAAUAACCCCGUGGCACUCCAGCAUGCACAACAUGGGCAUGGCGUUCAACCAGACGGUCUGGGCUUCCAUCAUGGCUCACCAGGACCAGUUCUGCGCGUACGAUGACUACAACUGGGAUUACUCGCUGCUGCAUCUGUCGCAGAACCGCGGCGCGGUCGGCAAGUUUAAGGUCAUGCUGUGUAAGGGGCCGCGGGUGUUUCAUAUCGGCGAGUGCGGCAUCCACCACAAGAAGUCCAACUGUAACGCCUCGACCGUCAUCGGCAAGGUGCAGAAACUCCUGCAGACUGCCUCCAGCCACCUGUACCCGAGCAGAGUGACAGCUACAGUGACGUUUGGAGGGGCUAAGCAUAAUAAGAAGCUUUUGAAGGGAAACGGGGGUUGGGGGGAUAUUAGAGAUCAAGAGUUAUGCGCAAACAUGACAAGGGAAGGACGACAGAUGAAAAAGUAUUUCUUUACGUGAAACCAAAUAAAAUAAAUAAUCGUGUUGAUAUAUCAAAAUAUCUAUUUCGUUAUGUUUGUUUUACAGAAAUUGGUUUUAUUUUUUGACGAUACAUAUGGCUGCUUGUUUUUUAUUGUUUUUACAUGAUAAUAAGAUUUUUAUUGUGUUACAUUUGUAUUAUUCUAUUUCUUCUGAAACAUAAUUGCUACAGUAUAGAAUCAGUUUUUUUUUUGUAUAUCUAUCACUGAGUUGCAGAAAGGAUCUUUAAGUUAAUGUCGGCAUUAAAUGUAUUGUCGCCUUGCUUUGACAGUAUACGGACAGAAAGAGACAGACAUAGAUUUAAUGUCCACAUUAGCUUAAAGUCCCUUUCUGCAACUCGGCAUAUAUCAUGCAGCCUAUGAUAGUCAUUAAUUGAAAAUGUAAAAAAAACUAAUAUGUAUAUACAGUAUACAGGCUGUUGCAAAAAGAGGUAUCGUGAUGAAAUAACCUGUAUAUUUUUUAUAACAUUCUGUAUACUGUUAACAAUAGGUUACAUGACAUUAACCCAUGUUUUCAUACACUUUAUGAUUAGGUAGGAUUAUUAAAUUAUUUAAAGACGGCCUUAAAAGCGAAUUGACUGAGAAAACUUGAAACUUCCAAAAUGAAUGAAACGGGUAAUGGGUUUGAAUUAAAGAAUAAACCCCGAAUUCAUAGAAAAAACAUUUACAAGACAAAAUUAAACUGUCCUCAUUGUCUUUCGCACUACCUAAUACUUUCUCCACAACGCCCAAUGUUAACUGGAAGAGAAUGCUUUUAGCAUUAAGUUCGCCUAUGUACAAA